AUGGCCCGGCCGUGCUGCCAUCAAGAAGGGCAAGACGCUGAGGCGGAGCACGGCCACGAGGUUCGCUCCCUUGGGAAGUUCAUGCUUGAAGUUGGAAGGAACGUUCGAGAGGACAGUCGGAAGAGACUCGCCAGGCGCUGCAUGGCGCUGCAAGGCUGGCACUCCCGGCUGAUGGGUCGCCUGAUUUUCCUCUUGCUCCUUCUCGGCCUCGCCUGGGGUCGCCUGCGAGAUGCCAAACCUACACGGUGGCUGAUGUCCCACGGCUGCCAAGGGCUCACCUCCACGGCCAGUCGAACUUCGCACCUGAAGACCACGACAUGGCUCAAAGGAUUGCAACACCCCCUUUCAUCGAGGAGUCCUUUUGUCUGGGAAGCUUCAGGAAGAAGAUCCUGCAUCCCUCUCGCAACUCGGCAUUGGUUCGACAUGCUUGAGGCCAAGGCUAUGUCCACCUGA